UGCUCAAUUCGUUAGAACUUGAAAGCGCUGCAAACAAAAGCAGGCGCAGGCUGUGAAGCGAAGUGGAAGCUCGUUGCAUGAAGAAAUGGCUAAGGCAAAUGGUGAAAGCACUUCUGUAGUUUCUGAUUUCAUCGACUUCCUCAACGCUUCCCCAACUGCUUUCCACGCCGUCGAGGAGGCAAAGAAGCGCCUGGUAAGCGUGGGAUACGAACAAGUAUCUGAAACAGAGGAUUGGAAAUUGGAAGCCGGAAAGAAGUACUUCUUCACCAGAAAUCAUUCCACUAUUGUCGCCUUCGCGAUCGGUAAAAAUUACGUUGCUGGGAAUGCAUUUCAUAUUGUUGGUGCUCAUACUGAUAGCCCUUGUUUAAAAUUGAAGCCUAUAAGCAAGUCAAGAUACUUGAAUGUUGUGCAGAUUACGAAGGGUGGAUUUCUGGAAGUUGGCGUCCAAAUAUAUGGGGGUGGGCUGUGGCACACAUGGUUUGAUCGGGAUUUAACAAUUGCAGGAAGGGUGAUUAUAAAGGAAGAGAAAAAUGAUUCUGUUUCAUAUGUUCAUCGACUUGUUCGAAUUGAGGAGCCCAUUUUGAGAGUCCCCACACUAGCUAUUCACUUGGACAGGGACGCUGUUGCAUUUGCGGUGAACACAGAGACUCAACUUCUCCCAGUUUUGGCAACCACUAUUAAGGGGGAAUUGAAUAAAGUUGUUUCCAAGGAUGAUGCACAAAAUGACGGAGAGAUAGCAGAUCAGAAGUCAACUUCUACUAGCUCAAAGCAUCACUUGCUUCUAUUACAGCUACUUGCCGAUAAACUUGGCUGUGAACCAGAUGACAUAUUUGAUUUUGACUUGCAAGUAUGUGACGCUCAACCAAGUGUGGUUGGUGGUGCAAAGAAGGAAUUCAUUUUCUCUGGAAGGCUCGAUAAUUUAUGCAUGACGUUUUGUUCUUUGAAGGCACUGAUUGACAGUACAUCCUCCGAAAGUAGCCUUGAGAAUGAACCUGGUAUCAGAAUGGUGGCCUUAUUUGACAAUGAGGAGGUUGGAUCUGCUUCAGCUCAGGGAGCUGGGUCUCCAACAAUGCUUAAUGCUUUGUCACGAAUUACAAGUUCAUUCAGCUCAUAUCCUUCGCUGGUUGAGAAAGCUAUCCAGAAAAGUUUCCUGGUAUCUGCUGACAUGGCACAUGCAUUACACCCUAAUUAUAUGGAAAAGUAUGAAGAAAAUCAUCGACCCAAGUUCCACGGAGGACUGGUCAUCAAGGAUAAUGCAAAUCAAAAAUACGCUACUAAUGCAGUCACUUCCACCAUAUUUCGGGAGUUGGCUAUAAAUCAUAACCUUCCUGUCCAGGAUUUUGUGGUCCGCAAUGACAUGGCAUGUGGUACCACCAUUGGUCCCAUCCUUGCAAGUGGCAUCGGUAUACGAACAGUGGAUGUGGGAGCACCACAGCUAUCAAUGCACAGUAUUCGAGAAGUGUGUGGUGUAGAUGAUGUUGAUUACUCGUAUCAACAUUUCAAAGCUUAUUUCGAAGAGUUCUCUGCUCUUGAUACGAUCAAGGUUGAUAUAUAGAACCGUCGUCGUCAUCGUAGUCUCGAGAUGUAUCCAAUAAUCGAUGUUACAUCGGAAAUAAGGAGUAUGGAUUUAAACCCACCCUCCAUAGGUACACGUACCUAAUCAUUUGGACUUUGGACUAUGCUUAAAUUAUCUUAAAGUUAACAUAAAGUACUCAUCUAAGCCAUUUCUAUGGUUUUUUACUCG